UCCACUCUAGCCUGACCACUUCAGCACCUGCCUCCUGCCCAGAGAAGAUGGAAUCAGACAAAAUGAUGCCUGGGGGCUUAACUGAAGCCAGACCUGCCACUCCAGAAAUCCAGGAGAUUGCCACCACGGUUAAAUCACAGCUUGAAGAAAAAACAAAUAAAACUUAUGAAAAAUUUGAAGCUGUUGAGUACAAAUCUCAAGUGGUUGCUGGAAUAAAUUACUACAUCAAGGUUCAUUUAGGUGGUAAUAGCUACGUUCACAUAAAAGUAUUUAAAAGUCUUCCUUACCAAAAUAAGCCUUUGGAGCUUAGUGGCUACCAGGUUGACAAAACCAAGGAUGAUGAGCUGACCGGCUUUUAGCAGCAUGAUCUGGAAGCAGCUGAUUCUUCCCACUGGCUCUUGAGUAAUGAUCCCUGCGAAUAAAUGCAACUAUCAAUAUAAAGAAGUGUUCCUUUUUGUACCUAGAGAUGAUCAUACGAAGUAAAGCAAGUGAGAAAGAGAAGGACAAAUACCCAUAUGCUAUCACUUGUAUAGGGAAUCUAAAAUAGGACACAAAGGAACCUAUCUGUGAAACAGAAACACACACACAGACAUAGAGCACAGACGUGGGGUUGCUGGGGGGUGAGGGGUGGGAUGCAUUGGGAGUUUGGGAUUAGCAGAGGCAGACUAUUAUAUGUAGAAUGGAUAACCCACAAGGUCCUACUGUAUAGCACAGGGAACGAUAUUUGGCAUCCUCUGAUCAAUCACAAUGGGGAAAAAAAGGUUCCUAUUCAAAUAAACUCAUCCUUUCAACU